UUGUUUUUUUUUUUUAUUUUUAAUCUCCUUAGAAAAACGAUGAAUGAGCUCGAGGAUCCCGAAGCACAUCCAUGGCGGAUAUAAAUUGUAAUCAAUCAAAGAAGGCGAUGGAUCCUUGACCCAAUCCAGUAAAUUUUCGAACGGCGAAGUUCAGUAUUGCUUCAUAGAUUAACCAAAUGAGUUCUUCUUCUUAUUCACUGCGUUCAUGCCCAAGCUCAAGUCUCUCUAUCAGGACCGGGAAAGCUUCGUGUUCUAGCAGACAUCUCUGCAAGCUAGGAUUCAGUCCGAAAUGGGCGUCGAUUAAUCCUAAACAAUGGAGAAAAUCGGCCAAUAGCUCUAGUCAUGAUUAUAGGUACGGGCCGGUGAGCUUUUGUGCUUUGAAAGAUGUGAAAUCUUCGUCUUCAACCUCUCGUAAUGGCAAUACUUUUGAGUUUGAUGUUGUGAUCAUUGGAGCGGGAAUUAUCGGGUUGACUAUUGCCCGGCAGUUUCUUAUGGAGUCGGAUUUGUCCGUCGCCGUCGUCGAUAAGGCCGUCCCUUGCUCUGGAGCUACUGGUGCAGGGCAGGGCUAUUUAUGGAUGGGGCACAAAUCACCUGACAGUGACAUUUGGGAACUUGCUUUGAGAAGUCACAGGCUGUGGGAGAGUCUGGCUGAGUCCCUGCGUGAUCAAGGCUUGAAUCCAUCGGAAGAAUUGGGUUGGAAAAAGACAGGGAGCUUGUUAAUUGGUAAAACACCUGAAGAGCUUGACAUGUUAAAGAGGAAGGUAAAGCAACUUUCUGGGGCCGGACUAGAAGUUGAGUACUUAUCUGUUGCUGAUUUGCUUUCCAUGGAACCAGCUUUGCUGAUCGGAAACAGCUGCGGGGCUGCCUUUCUCCCCAAUGACUGCCAAUUGGAUGCUCAUUGUACUGCAGCAUUUAUCGAAAAGGCCAACAGAAAUUUUGAAGGAAGAUAUGCAGAAUUUUUUCAUGAUCCAGUUACAGGCUUAUUAAGAUCUGGUAGCAAUGGAAAGAUAGAAGCUGUUCAGACGGCCAAGACUACGUUGUACAGUAAGAAGGCCAUUGUUUUAGCAGCUGGUUGUUGGAGUGGGACUUUGCUGCGUGAUUUACUCAGGGAAGAAAAAACUGUUUUGGAUGUUCCCAUAAUGCCAAGAAAGGGUCACUUGCUUGUCAUCGAGAAUUUUAAUUCCUUUCAUGUUAAUCAUGGUUUGAUGGAGGUGGGCUAUGUUAACCACCAAGCUUUAACUUCGGCUAAAGAUCUUGAACAUACCUCAUCCAUUUCAAUGACUGCCACUAUGGAUGUUCAAGGCAAUCUAGUACUUGGGAGCAGCCGUGAGUUUGCUGGUUUCAACACUGAUAUUAAUGAAUCCAUAAUUGCUCGUAUAUGGGAGAGAGCUUCAGAAUUCUUUCCCACGAUGAAAGAAAUCUCUUUUUCAGAGAUCAAAAGCAGCAGUAAAGUGAGAAUAGGUCUACGACCAUACAUGCUUGAUGGAAAGCCAGUGAUUGGGCCUGUUCCUGGUUUGUCAAAUGUGUUCCUUGCAUCUGGCCAUGAAGGUGGUGGACUUUCAAUGGCACUAGGGACUGCAGAAAUGAUUGUUAACAUGGUGCUGGGAAUUCCUGGGAAAGUUGAUCCCGCUCCUUUUUCAUUACAAGGACGAUGCUAAUAAAUGCUUACACCUUAUGAUUUAAUAACGGUAUUCUUGAUGGCUCCGAUCUCAUGUAAACCUGCCCCUUUUCCCCUUUCAAAGAGCCAACUUGUAGUUGAAGGUCAACAAUAUCGUAGCAACUCAGCAGUCCAUGUAUUUAAUGUUCUGUACCUUGACUUUCAGUAUCUGUAGCUCAUUUGUUCUGAGAAAUUUUUCCUGAAGUGGUGUGCCUUAAUGCAUAAACAUUUCUUAAUCUUUUUGGUUUAUAGUAU